AUGAGCGCCUCCUAUCCGUCAUGGAAAGAUCGCACGCAGAAUCAGUUCGGAAAGCUUCAGAUCCAAGUGCCAUGGCGCUCAUUCCAGCUUCUGGUGCCACAUCGCAUGCGUCGCAAGCUCCGGUCCAAACUCCGGAGCCGCCUCUCGCCCACCUCGUCCAUAUCGAGGUUGCAAACCUCCUUCUCGCCUGCCGACACCCUCAAAUCCUUACAGGCACACCGGUGGACGGUGUAUGACUUCCAAUACUUGUUGCUCCUCAUCAUCGGCUUUUUCUCCUUGACAAUCAUCCAGUCUCCUGGACCACUGGGAAAGACGGCGAUCGCCACGGGACUUUUGUGCUCUCUCCUUAUGCCAAUCACCCGGCAAUUCUUCUUGCCCUUCCUUCCCGUUGCUGGGUGGCUUAUCUUCUUCUAUGGAUGCCAAUUCGUUCCAAGCGAUUGGCGGCCUGCCAUUUGGGUCCGAGUAUUGCCAGCCAUGGAAAACAUCCUGUACGGUGCCAACAUAAGCAAUAUUCUAUCCGCCCACCAAAAUGUGGUGCUUGACAUUCUGGCAUGGAUUCCUUACGGACUCUGCCAUUACGGAGCGCCAUUCGUCGUUUCACUGAUCCUUUUCUUCUUCGGCCCCCGGGAACUACCCCUCUCCGACUACUCGAUGCAGGGAAACCCAGCUGGUCUUGCUCGCAUUGACAAGCUGCUGGGUAUUGAUCUCUACACUUCAGGCUUCAAGCAGUCCCCUGUUGUUUUCGGCGCAUUCCCUUCGCUCCAUGCUGCCGACUCUACCCUGGCAGCACUGUUCAUGAGCCACGUCUUCCCGCGGUUGAAGCCCCUCUGGGUUACCUACACUCUGUGGAUGUGGUGGGCUACCAUGUAUCUUUCUCACCACUACGCAGUCGAUCUGGUCUGCGGUGGUCUGCUUGCCACAGUUGCCUUCUACUUUGCCAAGACCCGGUUCCUGCCGCGAGUCCAGGCCGACAAGAUGUUCCGCUGGGACUACGACUACGUUGAAAUCGGUGACUCUUCUCGCGACUUCGGGUAUGACCUUGCCAGCUUGGAUGGCGAUUUUAACUUGGACAGCGACGAGUGGACCGUGGGCUCUUCUUCGUCCGUUUCCUCUGGCUCUCUGAGCCCCGUGGACGAUCAUUACACAUGGGAAAGCGAAACUCUCACCUCGAAUCACGACAUCGAGGCUGGUCGCUAA